AAAGGUGUACGGAUUUUUCUUAUUAUUUUAACGUAUUUUUUCGGCUUUAGGUGUUAAAUUAAUUGUUUAAUUAAAACCUUUGGUAAUACCUCACGAGUUAAAAAGAAAAUGAAUUCUUUUAUUGGAAUUACACUGGUUUUGUUUAUUGGCGUUGUUGCAUCGCAAAACUGCACUGACGAUCACUGGGGAGAAGACUGUAUGAAUGCUUGUGGAAACUGCUAUGUUUUGGAUUCUAACCAACCAAAAUGUGAUCCUAUAACCGGGAAAUGUGCAAAUGGGUGCACAGGAGGAUAUACUGGAGUCAAUUGUGAGAAAGCUAACUGUGUUCAAGACUGUGGGCCCGGAUUAUGCGUAGCCGAGAAUUAUUGCGCCAACUGUGGUGACAUUUCUCUGGUUUCGCCAAACUGCGAAGAUAUCCGCCUACGUGGUUUGUUGGGUUCCCUUAUGGCUUUUGGUGUCAUUGCUGUUUCUGUCACUCUUUGUGGGUUUGGCUCCAUCUGGUGGAAGCGUCGAAUGGAUCCAUCUGUCACCCUUUAAGUUAACUUAUGCAUGCACAAGAGCUAUUGUUUUAAGAUAAUUUUAAACCCCAAACAAACAGGACUUUUUAUGAAAUGAUGCUUUUACUUCAAUUAAAAACAGCCCAAGUUUUUUUUAAGAAAAUAAAUAGUUUUUGAAGCUAAACUAAAACAGCAUUUCUUUCUUCAAAAUAUCCAACUUUUAAAAAUUUCUAUUUUUAAUUAGAAUGUUUUGUCAUUAUGAACUUAAAUGUUACAGUUUGAAAAUAAGACAGUAAUGUUCUGUUACUUCUACUACCAGGCAUAAUGUAAUUAUUCUUGCAACACUUUUCUGGUAUGAAAACGUAGUGUAUUUCCGAUGUUUCGUUUUUCCAACGUUUUCGUCGAAAAAUACACUAUGUUUUUCAUACCAGAUGGGUUUUUAAAAGACUAAUAGCUAUUUAUAAAAUGCUGAUAACAGCCAGUAAUGUAAAUCUUCAAUCCAAAGUGUAUUGAACAAUUCUUUUAAUAAUGUAUUUGUGUUGUUUAACCGAAAUUUGAUAGCAACUAACUUUGUACAAUUUCAUAUACAUUUGGUGCUGCCAGAUAUGUAAAUGCAUGUAUAACUGCUUAAAGGUACUUAGUAAUUAAUGAAUAAACUGGAUCAAUUGUAAUAAAUGAGCAACUGGAAAA